AUGAGCAACACUUUUUGGUCUGUGACUAGAAAUGCUUUGAAGGCUUGUAGGGCAACUUUGUUAAUUAAUUUUAAGUGUUUGUUGCAGCUCCUUAAAGCUCCAUCAAAGUCUCAAAAUUUACCAGACUCUCCAAACCCGAAGACUUCAUCUUUAUCUGAGCAACUCAAGCCUCUCUCCACAGCCACUCUUUCUCCAACCAAGAAUGACCAAAUCCAUCUUUUAUCCAAGCCAAGGUUCGCAUGGGUUAACCCGACCAAGCCUAUAAGGUCUGUGCUUUCACUUCAGAGGCAUAAGCGCUCUGCUUACUUGUACAAUUCUCAGAUUAGAGAACUAAAAGGCUUUGCAGAGAAGCUCAAUGACUGUGACAACUCUGGAGAAGCUUUCUUGGCCGCCCUAAAUGAAAUCCCACGGCAACCCACUAGAGAAAAUGCUCUCUUGAUACUCAACAGCUUGAAAUUUUGGCAAAAGACUUAUCUUUUCUUUAAUUGGAUAAAGACUCAGAAUUUGUUUCUUAUGGAAACUAUAUUCUACAAUGUUACCAUGAAGUCUUUGAGGUUUGGGAGGCAGUUUCAGCUCAUUGAGGAGCUUGCAAAUGAAAUGGUAAGCAGUGAAAUUAAGCUUGACAAUAUUACUUACUCUACUAUUAUUACUUGUGCCAAAAGACGCAAUCAUUUUGAUAAAGCUAUAGAAUGGUUUGAAAGAAUGUAUAAAACUGGUUUAAUGCCUGAUGAAGUUACAUAUUCUGCUAUCUUAGAUGUUUAUGCUAAAUUAGGUAAAGUAGAGGAAGUGUUGAGUUUGUAUGAGAGAGGGGUAGCUACUGGGUGGAAACCUGACGCCAUUACAUUUUCUGUGUUGGGGAAGAUGUUUGGUGAAGCAGGGUAUUAUGAUGGCAUUAGGUAUGUUUUACAAGAAAUGAAAUCUUUAGGUGUGCAGCCUAUUUUGGUUGUGUACAAUACAUCGUUAGAAGCAAUGGGCAAGGCUGGGAAGCCUGGUUUGGCUAGAAGUUUGUUUGAUGAAAUGAUUGAAUCAGGUUUAACCCCGGACGAGAAAACUUUAACUGCCCUUAUCAAGAUUUAUGGCAAGGCUGGGUGGGCUAAGGAUGCUUUAGAAUUAUGGGAGCAAAUGAGGGAGAAUAGGUGGCUGAUGGAUUUUAUUUUGUGUAACACAUUGUUGAAUAUGUGUGCGGAUAUUGGAUUGGUUGAGGAAGCAGAGAAGCUGUUUGAGCAUAUGAAACAGUCAGAGAAUUGUAAGCCGCAUGGUUAUAGCUAUACGGCAAUGCUGAACAUAUAUGGGAGUGGCAGGAAGGUUGAUAAGGCAAUGGAUUUGUUUGAAGAGAUGCCUGAGCAGGGGGUUGAGAUCAACGUGAUGGGGUUUUUAAUCAAAGUUAUUGUUUAUCAAUUCUAAUGUUCUUGAUUCAUUCAUUACAUUUAAUGUCAUUCAUUAAUUACCAUUAUUGUGUGACGCCCUUUGAUGUUGAUUAAUGUAUGGUUUGAAUUAAGAUCAGGCAAACGCCACA